AUGGAACGUCCCGAAUGUUUAGCAAAUGAAAGGGGAGCAGCUCCUACUUGUGUCUUCACAACAGAAGGGAGCCUUGGUUCCUUCCUCAAUGGAGACACAUCCUUCGCCCGCGAAGUCGCAGCUCCAUUUCUUGAAGACUUGACAUCAACCUUCCUCUUUAAGGGCGGUUCGGCAUAA